AUGGCUCCUCCAGGUGCGCUCUUCUUGUCAUUCUCUCGCUUCCUUCGUGCUUUCUUCUCCACUGGACUUGAAUCGGCAUAUUUUCCGUGCGUUUGUCGGUUCGCGUCGCGUUUCGCAGACGGAAUUUCGAAAAUUCUCUCUUUCUUUUCUCUCUCUUUUUCUCUCGCUCGUCGUCUGAGUGAGUCCGAUUCCUUUUUUCUUUACUUUCUCUUUCUCUUCGUGUUUGAUUUUGUGCAAACAGGCGUUGCCGCUCUAAGGAGUGGAAGAAACAAAGGCAACGUUAGAUACGCUAAUGAUGAAGAAGGCUUUGGUGGAGCGGCACUUUCGAAUACGACUUUAGCCAGCGAGGACGAAGAGGAAGAGGAUGAAUUCGACAACGACGAGGAAGACGAAGACGAAGAUGACGAGGACGAGGACGAGGACGAAGAGGAAGAGGAAGACUCUGAAAGCGAGGGAGAAGAGGAUGAAGAGGAAGAGGAAGACUCUGAAAGCGAGGGAGAAGAGGAUGAAGAGGAAGAGGAAGACUCUGAAAGCGAGGGAGAAGAGGAUGAAGAGGAAGAGGAAGACUCUGAAAGCGAGGGAGAAGAGGAUGGUGAUGAUGAAGAGGAAGACUCUGAAAGCGAGAAUAAACACAAAAAAUGA